AGGUGUGCUCAGGUGGAGACCCUUAGUUGAAGUCAGCAAGGGUGACUCUCAGGAGUAAGGUGUGCUCAGGUGGAGACCCUUAAUUGAAGUCAGCAAGGGUGACUCUCAGGAGUAAGGUAGUGCUGGUUCAAGUCAUGAAGUCCAUAAUCUCUGAGCUGCACUUAAAGUUUGCAGAGAAGACAUGGAAUGAAACAUUUCAGCUUGUCCGAAGAUGCAUGGACAAACCCAAAGACCAAUCCAAACCCUGUGGGCCGCUGGUUAGAUCACUGGAAAGGCUCCAGGAAGUGUUUAAUGUGUCCUCUAUGAAGACCAUGAGGUCCCGUCUGGAGAUGAUUGCCAAACAACAAGGAAUGGGUUUCCACAUUACGGAGGCCACAUGCUACCUGACAGCCGACCUGUUCUACAUGGAGGUGGUGCUGCUGCCGUAUGGCGGGGUGGAGGAGGUGAAGGUGGCCCCUCAUGGAGGAUCCCCUGUUCCCAGCGAGUCCUUUCUCCAGCUGCUGAGGUCGAAAGAUUUUGCUGAGUUCUCUAUGAAGUUGGCGGGCCUCUUCAAUCAGUACAACAUCCCUGGAGACAAUGAAAUAAAAUUAAAAUUGUUUGCAUCUCUGCAUUUGCUCGGGAAAGACCUGCAGCAAAUAUCACAACUGCCAAGGGUGCCAAAAGACUCAGAGCCAGAAAUGGACAUGAUUAAUAAUGGCAGAAUUGGGUGUUUAACAGCUGGUAAAGAAGAUUGCCCCCUGAUGAUCCAGUUCUAUACCCCUCCGACUGAUGAAAUGAAGACCUCAGAUAUACAAAUUGCCGCUACAGAGGCGCUCGUCCAGGCCGCCCAGGUAAUCGUAGGUGUCAGUGAUGUGACUCACAAGCUUCAGGUGGCAUCUGUGAUCCCACAGCCUCCACAGCUGGAUCCCCAGGGUCAUCCCGUGUUCCUGCCGUCGAGUGAAGCACCGUGUGAGAUGUUUCCCGCCUGCUUUCUCCUCAAACUGCAGCCGCCAGUACCAAUGAUGUUGUGUUUUGUAAACAAGCUCAGCCAAAUUACAGAUGUUGCUAUACCAGAUGUUGACCUGCAGUGGGCAGCCUUACCCAAGCUUCUGAUGAGACGUUCAAACCUCCCUGGGGAGACAUUUGAUGAGCAGGAUACUAUUUCUACAGUGCCUCUUCCUGGCGGUGUGAUUCACAGUUAUGUCCUCCCUGGAGAGGCAUGGGAGUUGUCUGCCCAGAGAGCGACUGCAGUGGACAGUAUCCCCUUCACCCACCCUGCCCAUGUCCCGGCCCUGCUGGAGCUGCUCCGACACCAGUGUGCCAUCAACACGCUGCUGAGGAGCUGUAUCACUUCUCAGCGAGACAGAGCAGGUUUUGUUUGUGACCUGCACUUUGAAGUCCUUCCAGAGUCUGACACCAGCUUUUCUGUGACCUUCCACCAACCUCACACGGAUUUGCUCGCUGUUUUGCUGGUGAACGUAUGUGACUCUAAUCAGAUUACCUGCACUUUGUUCGGAUCAGGGAUAAAAGAUCCCUCUAUAGAUGAAUAUGUUUCAACUGUCAUGAAGAGAUUCAUGUCCGUUCCUGUGACCAUGACGACGUUAUACAGCAAGCUGGAGGAAAUCACUUCUACUCCCAUUUCUCCCAGCCGCCCGGCCACCACAGAGGCCGAAAAUGACCACUCGGCUCCCUCAAGCACCACUGUGACCGACACCAACGGCGCCUCGACGACCGCGUUCUCCCAGAGUGCAUCUGUGCCAGAGGAGAGCGUCUGUGUCUCUGCUUCGCCCGGCUGUGUCGUGUCUGACGCCAUAUGUGAGCUCCUUCCUGAAAUAAACACGAGUCCUGCUGUCGACCCUUACCCGUUCAGUCCUGUGGGUGUGUUUUCACACUGGAUGACCAACGGUGGGCAGCUGUCAGAGCCCAUCUGAAGCUCUAUGCGUGUUUACAUGCUAUGGCAUAAAUUAAUCCAUUGAAAAUGUGUAAAUAUGAAUAAAUGUUUUGGUAAAAGUUUCUUCACACUUAACAUCGUGAAUUACCAGGAAACAUGUGUAUCUUGUAUUUGGUUAUUUUCAGUCCCCUAGAAAUGUUUUCUAGCUGCAGCAGUUUAACUAAAUGAACGAUCAUAUCCAUCUCUUGCAGAAAGCUGAACCUUUUCUUACUUUGCAUUCCAGUGUGGCAGAGAUUGCUGCCUGUAAAGGUUUGAGGUUUGGCAUUUGACCUCUCUGAGACAGCCAAGAGAAGUUGAUUGGUGCCAUGUGAGACAAUCAAACGUAGUUAAAGUGCAUUCUUGAUGGCUCGUAACAAAGACAUUUCUUGUCGAAGUGUAGGACUGUACUACCUUUGUAGAAUUCACUCUGAAAUAUCUAACUUUUGCUGGGUGCAAGCCAAUACCAAUAUAGCACAAAUGCCCUAUACCAUUAUAUUUUGUCAUGUAAUGCAGAGAAGCAUCACAAAGGGCCAUUGUGCAAAAACAGUUGUUUGCACUUUUAAAGAAAAAGUGUGCACCUUCUUGGGUCUGUAGCUUCCUUGAAUUUGUACGGGACAUUAGAGAGCUAGCUUAGAAUUUGAACAAUGACCUCUUUGUUUUCAAAUGUGCAAGUGUUGACUCUCUCUUUGUGUGGAGUUUAAGUUAUGGCAUACCCCAUUAAAAAAUCUUCAAAUUGUAGGAAUGUGUUCUUAUAUGGAGCUGAA